AAAACAAGGAUCGGCAGCGAGCGGUUACUUCAUGCUGCUCUUAUCUGUUUACUUUUAGAGGAACACAAACAGCAGUGAAAGAGGGGACAGAGAUUCAGUAUUUGAACCAGAGACCAGAGGAAAGAACAGAGGAACAUCUGCACUUAAUCUACAAUGGAACGCAUGCUGACUUUGCUUCUGCUAUGUCUGUUUGUGUUUUUUGCCCUUGUGACAUCUGAGCAAGACAACGUAUGUUAUAGGCCUGAGCUGGCUGACAACAUUGCAAAGGAUGGGCUCCAGAGGUACUUCAGCCCCGGUGCAGAGUUAACGCUGUCCUGUGAACAGGGAUACACCCCUGUGUCAGGACCUCGGAAGAUUGUUUGCACUGCCAGUGGACAAUGGACAAAAACCAAAUUAAUGUGCAUACCAAAACGGUGCCCGUAUCCUGAUACAGUGUCUAAUGGAGAACUGUACUAUGAGGAUACUGUGUACCAGAGUACCAUCAACUACACUUGUCAUGAAGGGUUCUUCUUGACUGGAGCCCACACUGCUGAGUGCCUUGCCAGUGGAACAUGGAGCGCACCAGUACCAGAGUGCAAGCCUUUUUCCUGUGGUCUCGCUCCGAUCCCACAGUUUGGGAUGAUAAUUUAUGACAAGAGGAUCAGAGGGAACACCACUGAUUACGGCGUCACAGGGACGUACCGGUGCCUUCCUCCAUACGUACUUUUUGGCAAUGCGAGAGCUGAGUGCACGGCCAGUGGCGAGUGGACCAAGACACCUGAAUGUCGAGUGGUGAACUGCCCUCCACCGGAGAACAUUGACAGAGGCUACAUGUCAAACAGCGAGCCGAGAGAGUAUGACUUCAUGGAAACGGUCAAAUAUGGCUGCCAUGGAGACUAUGUACUUGAAGGAAGCCUCCAGAUUUUUUGUCAGCAGAAUGGGAAUUGGUCUGAGAAGCCAUCCUGCAAGGCUCCUUGCAGUGUUGGCAUACAGAGAGGUAGGAUAUUAUACAAAGGAAAGAAGAUGUGGAUAAAAGACCUUAGUCCUAACAAACUCUUGCAUAAAGAAAUUGUCUCAGUCUACUGCGAGGACAAGGCCAGGAAGUGUGGUUAUGCAGUGCCAACCCAGUGCAUCGAUGGAAAACUCAAAAUCCCAGAAUGCUUUGAACAGCCCAGCAGAAUUACUUAUGACCUUUAUUCAGGUUCACUUCCAUCAGAAAUCCAACAGUGCUGAAACAGAAGCGGAUCCCUUCUCUGAUGAUAAAUUACUGCAAUAUGGAAUAGCCACUGGUGUGUUCUGGUCUCUAAAAUUAAAGAACAUGAUCUCGCUCUUUGUGUUGCAUGUUACACAAUUCCCACAAAUUCAACAUUCAGAUAUAAUCUGACUCUGUUGUGAUUAUGAAAUUGGGAAAGUUAUUCUGCUGCUUCUUUUUCUGUUGAUGAUUCACUUAGGCAAGUCAACUUGCAAUAUAACCAAACAAUAUAUGAUUGGCAGUUGAGUUUAAUAAAUAGGAUGUAUGGCAAUGUAUUAAUUGUAGCCACAAGCAGAAAUGUCCAGGUUCAAAGUAAUGAGACGUGGGACUUUAGUAAAAUGUUUGUCUUGACAUUAUCAGUUGUUUUAAAGCCAAAGGUGAAAGUGGACUAAACAAUAUUGUAAUAAGUGCUCUACAAAUCUGCCUUGUUGCAAAUGUUCAUUAAAAUGUCUGUGAUUUUGAAAGGUAUUAAAUUAAUGGCCUGA